GGGGAAAUGCAGCUUCGGAAGAAGCCACUUUGUCUCCGGUGGGGUGGUGUGGUGGGACAGAACUUAACAGCCCAACCGCUAGAACCGGGAGAAUUUCGGCUUUGAGCUUGACACCCUGCCUUCUUCCCUCCUCCGCCUCCGCCCGGCUGCCCACCUCGCCGAAAGAACCACUCGCGCUGCAAUGUCCUUGACGCUAGCUCUGACCCCUCAACGCGCUGACCAAACUGUCCGCAUAUUCACCUCAUUGCAAACAAGAUCUUGGGCCAGAGAAUGGAGAUAGAUAGCCGCCACUGAGCUUCAUUUCGCUGGCUCUCUUUUCUCUUUCUGCUCUGCCGACUGCCUGUAUCUCUGCCUCAUCUGUUGUGUACCACAGGUUUAAGCCGCUUAUCCAGGUUGAGAAGAGUGAUUAGCUAAGAAGUUUGCUCUCAUGAAGAGUACCUGGUGAUUCCUCUCAAGAGAAGGUGUACUAAGAAAGCAUACAGUAACAAUGGCUGAAAUGGAAGAUGCUCUGAGAUCCUGCAUGGAGCAGCUGCUCGUCGCCAGAGAAGAGCGGGAUCAAAUCAUCGUGGAAGCAGCGAGCGAGAUAUCCUCCCAGCAAAAGAAGCUGCGUGAUCUGCAGCACAGCCUCGAAGCCGCGAACAAGAAGGCCGCGAAGCUGGCUGCCGAGAACAACAGCCUCUGCAAGGCCAUGGACGCCAAGGACAAGCUUGUCAGGGAGCUCAGGGAGUCCAAGGCGGCCUCCGACCAGGAGCUCUCCCGCGCGGCGGCGAAGCUGGACGCGGCGCAGAAGCAGAGCGCGUCGCUGCAGUACGAGGCGCGCAUGCUCCAGAAGGAGCUGGAGGUGAGGAGCCAGGAGCGGGAGUACGACCUCAGGUCCGUGGACGCCGCCCGCGCGCAGCAGGCGGAGAGCCUCAAGAAGAUCGCGCAGCUGGAGGGCGAGUGCCAGCGGCUGCGCGCCAUGGUCCGGAAGCGCCUCCCCGGGCCGGCGGCGUUGGCCAAGAUGAGAGACGAGGUCGAGCCGCAGCAGCAGCCGCCGCCGUCCAGGGCCGGGGCCAGCCCGAGAAGGCCGCGUUCCGUGACGCCGACGGCGUCGCCGCGCUCAGUGACGCCGAUGUCUCCGCGGUCCGGGACGCCGCGGCGCGCUCCGGAGCCUGAUCAGAGCUACGCCGUCAGGCUGCGCGCGAUCGAGGACGAGAACAACGUUCUGAAGCGGAUGCUGGCGGCCAGGGACACCGAGCUGCAGUUCACGCAGACCAAGUACGCGGAGGAGGCCAGUAAGCUCUCGGCGGUGCAGGGGCAGCUCAAGGAGCUGACGGAGGAGAGCAGACGGCUAAGCGAUGCACACGCCAAGUCCGAGACGUGGGCCUCUGCUCUGGUGUCUGAACUGGACCAGCUCAGGGCUGGGAAGCAGGGACAUGGAGCAUCGUCCGUCAUGGUCUCCGACAUGAGCUUGCUCGAUGACUUCGCCGAGAUGGAGAGGUUGGAGAUGGCAUCAUCAGCGGAUCAUCAGACAUCAGGACAUUCGGGACCCGUCGUGCCCGACAAGAACGGCGAGAGUCUGGACCUAGAGCAUGGUCAUCCUGAAUGGCUGCAGGAUGUCUGGAAACUGGUGACAAGUAACCAUGAAGCAACUGGAGAAAGCAUCGACGCCAUUGUUGAUGGAAUAAGGCGUGCAUUGGACGAGGGUCCAGUUCAUGGGAAUGGAGAUGCUUCUGAUCUGCCGUAUGAUAGGACCAAAGUGGAGGAACUGAUCGGCAAUCUGAUUGACAAAAUCACGUCCACGAUUCGGGUUUCGGCAGAAGACCAUGCUGCGAGAUCUGAAUCUUUGUUGCAGGCCAAGCCUGAAUUUUGUGCUCGCCUCGAGUACCUGGUUCAUGUCUGCCAUGAUGUACUACAGAUGAAAGCCAAGCUUGAAGAUUUUAUCGACGAGAUUUGCCUGGUAUUGGAGUAUAUAAUGAGCAUAUACUUCUCGAACCAAGUUCGAUCGGACACCGUGGACGGUAACGAAAAUGACUUUGAUGCACAUGGUGAACCUGACAUGCAGAGUGCAACAUCAGCAGCAGCUGUAGAUAUCCAAACAGAAGCACAAAAGGAACAGAUUCAGUCACCGGAAGGUGAACACCCUGAAAAAAUUCAAGAGAGACAGAUUAUUGAAGAACUUGCAAUGCCCAUGCUAGAUCAGAAUGGUGAUAUCCAACUGGGAAGGAAGUCGUCAUACUAUGAGAUAGAAAGCGUCACUGCUGAUGGAAUGGGGGAGGACUUGGCACAAAAGGAGGCAAAACAACUGGCAACGGACUCAGAGAUAUCUGCAGCAGCUGACAAGCUUGCGGAGUGCCAGGAGACCAUCACGACUCUAAGCAAACAAUUGCAGGCUCUCCAGACUCAGCCGAAUUCAGGCAUUCCAGAUGCCUCAACGCACAGCCCACGGCCGAGCUCCGCCGACUACAAGCCCCAGUCACUUGGAAGCAUCCUUGCCGACGAGGGCGCCGGCACAACCGAGGGUCACAUCUCUCCCGAGAAAGAACAUGGCGAGCCUGACGCUGCAGCACGGAAGAGCACGGCACAGGAGCAGAAUCCUGACGCCGACCGGAAGGCGUCGGCGGCGCAAACUGUCGUUCAGCCAUUGGUCCCGGAGCGUGAGACUGCUGCUGAUCCUCGGAAGAAGAAGCGGGGUCCGGGCUUGCUGGGCAGGAUGAUCUUCAGGAAAAGAGUGGAGGGCAACUCCUCCUAGACCCUGUUGAACCGUGCGAGUGUGUGUGCGAUCUGGCCCUAGUGCUACGGUGCAUCCUUUCUGGCCAAAUGUUCCAUUGCACUGGCAGAGUCGAAGCCUGGUGUUGAGAGACUCUGGGACAUGCUGUUUAUUGAUUUUGUUGUUGUUGACAUGAACCUGUUUUCCGUAUGAGUAUUUAUGGAAUGCAUUGUUGUGCAAAUGUUUAUUUAAUAAAGAUCAUGCAAUUAUAUUUGGAGUGUUC